AUGCAGACGGAGUGUCCUCCGGAGGUUGCAGCUUGCAGCAGAGACUUUGACUUUUCCUUAGCAUGCGUGCACGUUCCAUCCCGCCAGUUCGGUUUUUCUUUCCUCUCCGACUUAUCAGACAGCUCAGCUCCAGCGUGGAUGAAUUGCUCGACAGGUCGUUUACGUGACGUCAGUCAGGACGAAGUAUUCAUUGAAAAUAUCGCACUGAUCGACCGAUCCGAAAGUUCUUUCUUUUUCAUCCGAUCUGGCGGUUCUCAAUCCCAAUCGAGGCAUGUUUUAGCCUGGUUGCAACGCGAGACCCAAUUUCAAGACUUUGACCAAGAUUGUGCAGUGCAGGGAUUGUACUGUAGUAGCCUGCUGUCAUGUCGGGCUUCAGAGUUCAGCCUUGUGUGGUCUCUCCCCGACGAUGCUUCACCGUACAUUAGGUACAGAUACGAGGUCUAG